AUUCAUCUUUCCGGGCCACGCGCAGCUAUCCGAUACAACCCAUUGCCUGUACGUCCAAUGAGGCGAGAUGGCUUAGGACGGCUAGAAGGGGAAGAAAUGAUGCCCUUAUCUCGCUGACCUUAGGUGCUGCAGGUGAAGAAGGUUCGCGGAGGGCCGAAGUGGAGAAACGAUGUUGUCUGGACGCAUGACAAGGGAGUACGGGGCUAAUGACUCGAGCGCUGGUCUAUCAUUGAUCAAGCCGUGCCGUCCUACAUGCAUAUCUGCUGUACUUAUCGCCCAUUCCAGUUAUUCGAGGCCAUUCCAGUUAAUAUUUCUCGAUAUACUGUAUCGCCACAUUAUAACUGCCGUAUAGCUGUUCCUAUUCCCGCAUCAAAAUCUGCCCAGAAAGCACCUUAGCACCCAUUCCCCGUCACGAUAUCUUAGUUCGACCUAAAAUAUUCAACAUGACGACAAGCUCCCUAAGCCGUCGAGACUUCAACGUCCUCGAGAAGAUUAGGGACCCGGAAUCGAACCCAACAACUGCCGUUCUUGUAGAUGGCACAUUGCCCAAAGAUCCCAAUAUAACGGACACAUCUGUAUAUGACCGUGUCUCUCGAAGAGAGCGGGAUAUCGUACUGGCUAUGCAGCAGCUUGAGAUGCAACUGGCCGGUUUGCGGUCAGCACAAACAGCAGAGCCGAUACAAGAAUAUCGACAAUGCUUGUCUAAACUCGGGGAACUCAUAACAGAAUACCCCAAAUACGCCAGCGCUCGAAAUAAUAGAGCACAGGUCUUCAGGAGGCUGUACGGAGAUACACUGCUGUUAUCUGGGGAUCAGGCUUUGAAAGGGUUGCUAAGUGACGUUGAUGAGCUCGAGAAAUCUCAAGCAGCAGACCUAGCUCUUUCCGAUCUGGACUGGGCCAUCUCCCUACUAACUCCGAAGAGCAUAUUCGCAGCUAUAUCGCCACAAGCCGGGAAAACUUUGUCGCUCGCCCACACCCAACGAGCAGCAAUCUAUCAUAUGACCUCCAAGUCCUUUCAGGCCGGCAGUAAAAUCAACAUUGUCGGAAGAAGGGAGGAAUCCUGGACGAAGAACGACUUCGAAGAGGCGGCAUCGAGAGAUUUUGCUUUGGGAGGAAGGUACGGAAACGAUAUUGCGAAAGCUUUGGCUGUGAGUACUAAUCCCACAGCCAAGCUUUGCGGUCAGAUGGUGAGGGAGGCCAUGAAGAAGGAAUAUGGCCCCGCAUAUGCUUCGUAACCAAGCUGUUUGGUUAAUUUUCAAUGAGUCGUUAAAUCACUCCGUUAGAUAACAGCCGUCGGUCAUUGGAAGAGCUAAUCUGACUGGACCCAUCAAUGAUGAUAAAUAUGAUGGCGAAUCCUUUAGUCCUAUCCACCACUGUCGAAGAUCAACUUCUUGAAUUGUUUGCUUCUUAGCGAGCACACGCAUGAAGACUGGGGGUUGGUGUAGAGGAAACUGUAUUAAACUC